AUGUCCUUUCGAAUAGCGGUAUCGUCUUCUGGAAAGGGGCGAAGAUUUAGUCCGGACAAGAAUUUCUACAACUUCCAUCCACAGGUCCACGAUGCGCUGGGAAUACAGACAAGCAAGAACUUUUUUGAUAGGAAAGCACACAGGCCUGAUAGUGGAGAGGAUGCCUUCUUCAUUAGCAAGAUUGGCUAUGACGAUAAUGCCUUUGCAUUUGGAGUGGCGGACGGAGUUGGAGGAUGGAGUGAAUCGGGGAUUGAUCCCGCGGAUUUCUCACACGCGUUCUGUGGACAUAUGGCCGAAGCAUCUUUGAAUUGGGAUUCCUCUCCUGAGAGCUUACGAGCUAUGAGCCUUAUGCAGCUAGGCUAUGAGAAGACGCUGUCAGAUAAAGCAGUCUUUGCUGGAAGCAGCACCGCAUGCGUUGGAGUAACUCGGAGUGAUGGCUCAGUGCAGCUUGCUAAUCUCGGCGACUCUGGGUCACUUCUCUUCCGCCUGGCCGCGGUUCACCACUACUCUGCUCCUCAAACCCAUGAUUUCAAUACGCCAUACCAACUCGCAGCCGUGCCCGAGCUAAUUCGGAGGCAGUCCUCCCUAUUCGGUGGAAGGCAAUUCGAAGACCUGCCCCAAGAUGCUGCAAUUACAAAUUGCUCGCUACAGCAUGGGGAUGUCCUGGUCCUGGCCACGGAUGGCGUGUUUGAUAACCUGAACAACCAAGAGGUUCUUAAACUGGUGACUACACGGAUGAUGGGCUCCGGUGCCUGGACAGGGACUUCAGACAUGGGAAUCUCAGCAACAGACAACCUAGAUCCUCUCACCAAACCGGGCGGCCUUUCGUUUGGUAGUAAGCGAACCAAACCUCAAAGGGCCGUUGCUGGCUCGGAAGAGACUGAUCUUCAGGGGAAAGGCCACACUUUGCAGGCACUUUUAGCCGUUACCAUAGCUGGAGAGGCUAAAAUUGCAAGCAUGGACUUUCGACGUGAUGGCCCGUUCGCCAAAGAAUACCAGAGACAUCGCCCCUGGGAUCAUUACAGAGGAGGCAAGCCAGACGAUAUCACUGUUGUCGUUCUAGUGGCUGUUGAAGAAGGCCGGUCUACGUCAGCUUCGUCGUGA